AUGAGUGGAUUCACACAUUAUAAGAUAGAAACUACAGAAUAGAGAGGAGAUGGGUAUCCUUCGUAGAGAAGUAUAUAAUAAUACGGGAACACAUAAAUCAAGAAUGAGGAGUACCGAAUUUAAGUUACUUCUCCAGUCACAGAACAAAUUGUGAUAACCGAUUAGUCCUCUUUUUAGAAAAUAAUUGAAGCAAAAGAAAGAGAAAUAACAAAUCUGAGGGAAAGUGUAAAAUCGUUAAACAAUCAAAUAUAAGACUAAUUGAAGGAGUUGGAAAUCUGGAAGAAUAAAUGCAGACAACUGCAAUCUGAUAAAGGGUUCAGUCGAAUAACCACAACUGGUUAAUAAUCAAACGAUUGGGAAUUACUAUAAUUAAAAGAAGAAGUCAAUAAAUUAAGGUCGGAGAAUAACGAAUACAAAUUUAAACUAGAGAGGAAUGUUAGUGUGGUCUCAAAUGAUUAUGAAGUGAAUCAAUUGAAACUGUAAAUCAAAUCUUUGGAAGAACAACUCAGAUCCAAAUCAUCUGUUACUUAAUACACAUCAUUCAAUAAUAAUUCUCAAGAAGUCAAUCAAUUGAAGGAUCAAAUUAGAGUACUUACCUAAGAAAACGAAGACCUGAUAAAGGCUAAGAACUUGCUCAAUCAAUAAUUUCAGCAAUCCUAAAUCUAAUGGCAACAAAGUGCUUUUAGAAGUACUUAAAAUCAGGAUUCCGAAUAAUCAAGAGCACUCUAAAAUGAGAGGGAUGAUUUAAGAAGAAAAGUGAAGGUCUAAGAAGAAAGAAUUGCCGAAUUGUAAUAAGAAGUUUAAAGGUUAAACUUUAAUUGUGAUUCUUACAUUUAAGAAAUACAGCAAUCCUAAUUUAGACUAAGUUCAAAGAAUUAAAAUUAAGAGAUUGAGGGCUAUUUGAAAAGGAUAUCAGCCUUAUAACAUGAAGUCUUGGUGUGGCAAGAUCGUUACAAAGCCAAAGAAGUCUAGGAACUAUCACAUGCUCAAGAGUAGAAGGUAGCAUAAAAGGACAAUCAGAUUCAGUUUUUAUAAGAGAGAAUAAAAUAAUAUGAAGGCUAAAUGGACUAAUUGAGAUUUGAAAUUGACAAAUAGAGAAAGGAAUUCGAUGGAUAAAGAGCAACCUAUGACAGUAGAAGAACAGAUUAAGGAGAAGUGGAGAGUUUGAGAAGAAAGAUUGCAGAAAUGGAAUCAGAUAUUUAGAUUUUGAUUGCUGAUCUUCAAGAAAGAGAUUAAAGAAUAAGCAUAACAUAGAAUGAAUAUGAGGAGGAAAUUAGGAUCUUGAAGAAUUAAGGUUAAGUAUAAUACUAGACUGAAAUCAAUAAAUUAAAAGAAGAAAGAGAAAAGUACAGACUAGACUAUGAAAGAUUGUCGAAUGACUAUACAAAUAUUUAGAGACAAAGCGAAUAAUAUAAGAGCAAUUCUUAUGAAGUGGAUUCAUUAAAGUAGAGAAUCAUCGAGUUAGAAUCGCAAUUGAGAAAUGCUUCAAAUCAAUAUCAAUCUCUACAAGGUUAAUACUCUUAAUUGUAAAUUUAAUACUAAAGCUCACAAUAAUCAUAGUAAUCUUAAUUUUAAUUAAUAAGCAUUCGAGAGGAUUAUUAAAAAUUGUAAUCCCAAUUCAGUUAACUGUAAUAAGAGAACAUGUCAUUGAAAUAAUAGAAAUAAUAAAUAGAAAGCAAUUCCUAUUAAUAUAAGAAUAUUCAAAGCGAUUAUUAAGCUCUUCAAGACAGAUACAAUCAAUCACUGAAUGAAAUCUAAUAACUAAAUGAGUAAAUAAGGAAAUAUAGAAAUGAUUACGAUUCAUUGAAUCAAAAUUACAUUCAAUAUUAAAGGGAUAGUGAAAUCAAGUUUACUCAAACAAGUAAUAAGGAACUAGACAUUAUGAAAUCUCGAAUUUCGUAGUAUGAGCAAUAGAUUUAACAAUUAAGAAGUUAAUUGUCUAACUAAGAAAGCUAAUUGGAAUAGUAAUUUAAGGAGAGAUUGAGAGUUGAAAUGUAUUAAAUUGAACAGAAAGCAAGUAGUCAAAGUAAUAUGGAAUUGCAAUCAUUAUAAAAUAAGUAUAAUUAAUUGAAGACUUAAUAUGAUUAAUUGUAAUUUAGAUAUCAGGAAUAAAGUAAUCAAAUAUUGGUGGUUAAGGAGAAGAGCACAAGGGAAAGUUAAUUUGAAAUUUAGAGUCUAAGAGAUCAACUAUAAUAGUAUAAAUAGUCGAAUAUGCAAUUGAAUUAGGAUAUUUCGAUUUUGAAAGAAUAAAUUACAAAGUAUAGAAUGGAUGUGGAAUAGUCGAAUCAAAAGUAUAUUUUGAUUUAGAGGGAAAGUGAAAUGAACAAAUAAAACAUUGGAGAAGUUGAAAAGUUGAUGGCUAGAAUAAGAGAAUUGGAUUUUGAGUGUCAGUAGAAGAAUCAGUAAAUAAGUAAAUUGUAGAUGGAUAUGAGAAAUUAAGAAAUCGGGAUAAGAAAUGAAUUGGAAUAAUAGUUUAUUUCUAGAUUGAUGAUUGAGAGACAAAAUUUGGAGAGCAAAUUGUCAACUUAAAGUUCAGCUGAGACUCAAAAUUUAUAAUAUCAAUUGAAAUCAUUGCAGUAGGAAUUGAGUUAAUAUAAAUAAAGAUACUCACAAUUGGAGCAAUAAUUUAAUUAAUCUAAAAUAGAGAUUACUUAAUUUAGAUCUCAGUAGUCGAAUGUGAAUUUGGAGUAAGUUAAGCAAUUGCAAUUGAGGAUAACUGAGUUAGAACAUGAGAACCAGACUCUGAAUGUAGAAAUUGAGAGACAGAGGAACAUCAGAAAGGAGCAAGAGAAUAAAAUUUAAGUGUUGAUUACCAACAUAACCAAUUAUGAAUCAAAAUUACAUAUUUUGGAAUAAGAGAAUGCCAGAUUAGAAGCCAAGACUAAAAAAUAAAUAGUAAUCGAGAAGCCCGUUGAUUAGUACAUUGUAAAUCAACUGUUGGGAUAACCAAGUUCUUAAAUUAAGACUAAUAUCAUUACCACUACUACUACAAAUGUCUAAAAUGUUUAAGGCAGUGGUAUAGUAACUAGACAAUCUGGGAUGAAUCAGAUAAGUUAGGUUCCAUCGACUUAUAACUAGUAUUAUGAUUAGCAUAGAUUGCAAUCGCAGAAUGAAACAAAGCAAUCUCAAUUUUCUUAGAGAAUGUAAAGUCCACAACCUUAGGUUUCAAAUUAUUUGAGUCCAGACAAGAAUUUUUAAACUCAAAAGAUUACGACUACAAAGAGUGUUAAAUAAGCAAUUAUGUCAUCAGCGAAUUAAUGA